AACACACACCUUAAACUACCCGCAUGGCGAUCACACGCCUCCACUCUUCAGCUUAGCCUGACAACACAGUUUGGGAAUAAGCUGAAUGACAAACAGCAUUUGAUGAAACAUCAGCUCUUGCAAAAGAAGAUAACUUCUACACGUGAAGAACGGCUGGAUUUGGACUCAAGGACAGUGAGUUCAAAGAAACAAAUGUGAUAUCUGACAAGAUCUCCUGUUUUGAAAUCCACUGUCCAGGAUUUUAUUGUUUUCUUCAGACAGAGGGAUCCCGUGACAAAACUCUGGACGUAAUUUUACCGUGCAGAAUUUGCACUAAAUUAAUUUUUUUUUAAUUAUUUUGAGGGACAAUUUUUGCUGCCAAUGACAAUGCCAGUGGUCAAAGUGGAAAAAGACUCUCCGGCAGACACCAGCUUGCCUGCCUCCAACCCUCCUCCGCAGACAGAGGAACAGCCCAGAGGUCGCAGAAGGAAGAGACCGAUACAGCGAGGGAAACCCCCUUACAGCUACAUCGCACUCAUCUCCAUGGCCAUCGCCAACUCUCCUGAUCGCAAGCUGACUUUAGGCGGCAUCUACAAGUUCAUCACAGAGCGCUUCCCCUUCUACAGAGACAAUUCCAAGAAAUGGCAGAACUCAAUCCGCCAUAACUUGACUCUCAAUGAUUGCUUCAUCAAGAUUCCUCGAGAGCCCGGCCGGCCAGGGAAGGGGAAUUACUGGGCUCUGGACCCCAACGCAGAGGACAUGUUUGAGAGCGGCAGUUUCCUGAGGCGCAGGAAGAGGUUCAAGCGUUGUGACUUCAGCACCUACACCUCAUACGUCCAUGAGACGCCAGUCUUCUCUCCGGUCCAGAUCACUAGGUCAGCCGCAUACACCAACACUGUCUACCCCAACAUGACGGUGAGCCCAACCUACGGUCAGCAGCUGCCCUCCGCCUACUACCCUUCAUCUUCUCCACCUGGGUUUGGACAUGGUCAGGCCCGCAUGUUCAGCAUCAAUAACCUCAUAGGACACCCAACUUCAGCUAGCAUGCUGGGAGGUCAAGGGUCAGAGGUGAUGCAGCAGCCAGGCAGAAAUUUCAGUCCAGAGGGGCUCCCAAACGGAUCAAGUCCCUGCAGCCUGGGAGCCCCUGCUUUCCCGGGCCAACCAUGCGGAGGGGCCGUAUCAUCUCGAUCAUCAACCCACCCCGGGUUCACCUACUCUGGACCAAACAGCCACCCACACCACCAUCACUCCCACCAGGGCUUGAAUGGACAGAACCAUACCCAGGGGUACAUGGCGACAGGGCGCAUCCAUUCCUCUGCUCACGGCUCUGUGGAGUCCAUGGACCAUUACGACAGGGUCUCCCCAGUGCAGCUGGGAUCAUUCUCCCAGUAUAACAGUGCUGCAGGUCCCCUCCCCAGCACUGGGGGUUACCUGAGACACCCCACAUACCCCGGGAACAUGGACAGGUUUGUGUCUGCCAUCUGAGCUGCUGGAAAUCUCGAGCCGAGCAUCUCUCUACUGUGUAACCAGACGUGUGCACACAGGGUUUUACCUUGAUCCUGACAAUUGUUAAGGACAAAUAUGAACAGACUGAUUCAAAAAAUCUCCUGUCACCAAUGUGAUUUAACACUGUAGCGUGAAAAAAAAAAAAAAAAAACAUUUGUAGAUAUUUGAUAGACUAAACUUUAAAAAGGGAAUUAAAUGUCACUGCUCUUCAAGGCACAUAGAAGUGUAACAUUUGUUAAAUGUGUGUGGUUUAAAGCUUUUGUUGUUGUUUUUGUUUCAUAUUUUUAUUUUACCGCUGACGUAAAGUGACAGUCUUUGAAUUUUUGUUAUAAAUUAUUGUUUUAUCGUCAUAGGCUUUGAAAAAGUGGCUUGUAUGAAGAACAUCAGCUUUAGUACAUUUGCAUGUAUUUUGUUGUCAAAUGAAAAUGCAUAUCAGGUUGCCAUUUGGAAAUAAACGGAAUUAAAUAACAAA